UCACUCAAAUCAGAUUGAAUAUCGGAUCUGUGAUGUUCUUCAAUACAUUGAUGUUCUUGAAUGUUGGAUCUGUGAUGUUCUUCAACAUAGUGAUGUUCUUGAAUGUUCUUGAAUAUCGGAUGUGUGAUAUUCGAUCGAAAUCAUCAACACAGUGAUGUUCUUCCCUCAAAUCCCUCAAAUCGAAUCCAUCAUCAAAUUCAUUAGAACAUCAGAUUCAUCAAUCGAACACCAACACCAUCGCCUCUGUUUUAUCCAUCCAUCAACAUUAUGUAUAUAUAUAAUCAAUCCCUACUAUCUCUUCCCUGCUUUUUCUCUUCUCUUCUCUGCAAUGUGUAUAUAUAUCCGACCACCAACAAUGGCGGCUCCGCCAUCAUCAACAACACCAUCAGGAUCUUGACGAAACCCUUCCAAUGUAAGAUAAAGCUUCAUCAGGAUCGAUGUUUCGAUCAUCAUCCGGGUAAGGAGGAUAAGCCUCUCAUUCUUCAAGAUCAGUCUUGUCCAUCUCCACCCAGCCCUAAGCCCAAUCUCAGUCCAAAAAAAAAAAAUCCGACCUUUCCAAUCCGCAGUUCCCUCUCUCAGAUCCGAUCGAAUUCUCUGCAAAUUCCAAACCCUUGAAACAACAAAACAACAACAAUGGCUUCAACCUUCAGCAGCGAUGAAACGGCACCGUUCUUCGGCUUCCUCGGCGCUGCAUCUGCCCUAGUUUUCUCCUGUAUGGGGGCUGCGUAUGGGACAGCGAAGAGUGGCGUUGCAGUGGCGUCAAUGGGUGUGAUGAGACCAGAGCUUGUGAUGAAGUCGAUUGUUCCAGUGGUUAUGGCUGGUGUGUUGGGUAUCUACGGAUUGAUUAUUACUGUGAUCAUCUUUCUAAGGUAGAGAAAGGGAUGAUGAUGUUGUGAAGUUGUUUUGA